GACUCCACAUUGAGAUUCUCUCAAAGCCACAGGGAAAAUGGUGGGAAAUUCAUCAUUGCCAUUGCCAGACAGAUCGAUUUGUGGCCUUGUUCUUUUCUUAAGCUCCCAAUUUGGCUUCAUACUAUAUCUCAUGAGGGCUUUUAUUCCUGAAUCUUGGCUAAACACCUUAAGCUUAGCCUAUUGGCCUCAAAAGUAUUGGGUAGUUGCAUUGCCCAUCUACCUCCUCAUCACUGUAGUAAUCGCGUAUGUACUCUUAUUUGGAGUAAACGAGAUGAGUACCUUGCCACUCAGCUCCACUCGUGCAACCACGGGUAACUAUGCGAAAAACCAACAGCAGAAGAAAUACCAAGAAGAGGCCAUCCCAGCAUUAAGAGAUAUUCCUAUCAGUGAAGUAAACCAAAUGUUCUGUCUUAAAGCCAAAGAACUUUAUACCAAAAACUGA